AUGGGCGGGGCUGCUCUGGCCUCAGCUCUGAAUCCCGCCUCCUCUCAUCCAAGCAUCGCCCCCUCCCAUCUGAGAGAGUUAGACCUGAGCUACAAUAAUCCAGGCGGUUCAUCAGAGCUGCUGAAGGCUCUACAGGACGACCCACACUGCCCGCUGCAGGAGCUCAGGUUGGACCCUGCAGGAGAACAGUGGAUGGUUCCAGGUUUGAGGAAGUAUUCCUGUCAGAGGUCACAGCAGAAGUCUGGCAGCAGACAAAUCUGA